AAUACGGUUUGAGGGCUACUAAACUUUUCGUUUGUUUGUUAGUUUCACACACACUACUCUAACUCUAACUUUAGCGCCUCCUUGCGGGCCUCUGGUGGUCUCCAGACCCCGAGAGCGAGAGUGCAGUGAUCUCGCAGGCAGCGCUAGGACCCCGCGGCCCAGCGCGCUUUGGAGGUGUCAGAGGAGCGCACCUACUCCGCCAGAGUCAGACUCUUGAUCAAUUAUUUGAAUGCAAGUGUCCAUCCAGGGGGUCACUCUGGAGAUGGCUGCAAAUCGGGUGGGGAAGCGUUAUAACAAUAAGAUCCACUCACCGAGCCGAGGUACCAGCCGGGAUGCUGGACUGAGCGUCCAGAAGAGACAAGCACGAGUCACCGUCAAAUAUAACAGAAAGGAACUCCAGAAGCGUCUGGAUGUGGAAAAGUGGAUAGAUUGUGGACUUGACGAGCUGUAUUUGGGAAGGGAAGAGGAUAUGCCAGAGGAGGUGAACAUUGAUGAGCUACUAGAUCUACAGCGUGAUGAAGAAAGGAUAGAGAAGCUUAAGGACAUCCUUCAUAGCUGCAGUAACAACACAGAAGUUUUUAUCACAGAAUUGGUGAAUAAACUUCACGGUUUGCAGAAACAAGAAGAUCUCCACAACAAUGGCAUUGAACAUCCCCAGCUUCACGUCUUCCCCGACCGCCAGGGCUCUUCUGACAGUGAGAGACUCUGAGCACCUGCACAUCUACGGCUGGUCAGUCUCCUGUAUCAAAACUGCUCAAUAGCAAGGCAUCAGCAGCACUUCUGUAAAAUACAGACAGUUUGCUGACUUCAGUUUGUAUCAGUUUGUAAAACCUGUAAAAAUAUUUAUGUAAAAAAACUGAGCACAGCAUGGACCCUUAUACAAGUUGUCCUCAUUAUUUUGACAUUUUUAAACAGUGAAAAACGAGACUUGUUUGUUGAAACAGAUGUAGCCUACUUACCUUAACAUAUAGCCUAUUUGUUACUUUAACUAUUUCUACCAGAUCCCUUACAAUUACAUUCAUUGGUAUAACCCAAUAUAGUCAGUGUUAUUCUGUAAUAUUACACCAUUUAUUUGACUUUAAUGUAAAAACAAUUUUGGUUACCUGAGAAGAACAAUUUUUACACUACAUAAUAUCCUUUCAAAAAUAGUUUUCCCUUAGAAAUAUUGACCCUAUGUUAAGGAUUUUUUUAAAAGAAAUAUCUGGGUUUUUAGAUUAUAAUGAGUUCAUGGAUUUUCCACUAAUGGACCAAAGAUUUUUGUCAGUAUGCUUUUUAGAUUUCAAAUCAGUAAUUCCCUGUUGUGUUGUUUAUAUCUGUGAAUUAGAUUUUGUAGGAUUAAAUUAUUUUUCUGAAAAACGUUUGAAUAUCACUGAUGAAUUUUUGAUGCUUGGUUAAAAAUUGACAGCUUAUGCUUAUGCCCAGUAGAUCUGAAGGACCUGGAUAAAGACUGGUUUGUGACAAAACCAUGAGGUAUUGUUUGCUGCUACUAUAUUAACUACUCAAGAUGGUCAAAUUUACUUAGUUUGUUUUGUUUUGUUUGUUUGUACAGUGACAGAAUGCCAGCAAUUUCUCUUAUCAUGUUUCUUUAUGUAUGUUUUCAUUUUCAUUUGCUUGCAGUUAAGGGUUUUUGAAAUCCACAUUCCAGUGCACAUCUCAUUUUAAACAUUGGACAGAAAUAAUAAUAAUAAUAAUAAAUCUUUUGGUGAAUA